GUGAAGACACACACUCGACGGACCUCUUGGCUCGGCAAUCACGGUUCGUCGUCGGAGUUUCCGUUCCCGUUCCCAUUCGGCACCGUUCAGUGUUCAGUGUUGGUCGGUCGGUAAAUCGGUCACUACUGAGGCCAUCUCGCGCCUUCAGCUCACGUGCGUUGUGUGCGGUUGCGAAAGAUGCUCCAAAAUGACGUCGUAAGCCUUUCAAGGCGGUUCAUCCCGGUAUCCGGCUGUACUUCCGUGAAAUUGUGAAACAGAAAAACAAACACGAGCAGCAGCAAAAGCACAAGAAAGGGGGAAAACGUGACAAGCAUUAGUGAAAUUGCAGCUGUGUGUUGGCUUCGCGGAUGGACCACUUUGGUUUUGUGACGCAAGUGAUAAGACAACGACACCCGCACCUGGUGGGCUCGCAAGUGAAACGCAGGUUCGCAGUGUGUGAUAACGACGAUUGAGAGCGAGAGCGAGAGAGAGAGCGAGAGAGAGAGAGAGAGAGUUCCGUUCCGUUGUGAUAUCGCGCCCAUCUUACUGAGGCUGAGUAGCGCGUGCUGUUCACGCGGUCCAGUUCGGUCCGGCACCUUGUGAUCAUCAAGAGACGCCAACCGGUACCGACCAUCCGUACCGUUGCAAUCGCGUGCCAAUCCAAUCCACCAUGGACAUGACGAUGACGAAACAUCACGGCGGUUGCACCACCAACACCACCACGGGCACGACGAUGGCAUCGUCCGGUGCCGGUGCCGGUGCCGAGCACAUCAAGCGACCGAUGAAUGCGUUCAUGGUGUGGUCCCGGGGUCAGCGGCGCAAGAUGGCCCAGGACAAUCCCAAGAUGCACAACUCGGAGAUCUCGAAAAACCUGGGCGCCCAGUGGAAGCUGCUGACCGAGGGCGAAAAGCGACCGUUCAUCGACGAAGCGAAGCGGUUAAGGGCCCUACACAUGAAAGAGCAUCCCGACUACAAGUACCGACCGCGAAGGAAACCGAAACCCUUGGUCAAAUCACCAACUCCCAACGGACCAGGGCUAGCGAACGGUGGGGCUGGUGGUUGUGGUGGUGGUUCCUCGGUAACGGCUGCAUCGCUCGGUAAAGAACCGAUCCCUCAAUCACACUCACCGGUCAGUGGUAGUGGCAAGACGAGUGUCUCCUUUAGCCCUACCCAGCUCACGAGUCCGGUUGGGUUGCCGCCCGGGAUCUUUCACCCUUCCUACCACUUUGCGUACGAUCUGCAUCAGAAGGCGUUCUGGAAUCUGUACGGACCGCAUCUACUGUCCACGGUUGUCCCGUCGGCGUACGGUGUUCCACCGCAUGCAGCACUUCCCCUGCCGUAUAUUAAACCCGCCAAAUCAUCACCACCCUCACCGAUCGCACCACCCUCGCCCAUACAGUCCAGUAACAUCAUCUGACCUACGCCACUGCGCUACAGCGCCGAGCAUAAUGUUUAGUUCCGGUGCGCCAGCAUGCCAGCCGAUGAUGAUGACUCCACCAGUGACGUCAUACCUUCCAUGCGGUGGCCACAACGAUCGUGGAGUGAAGGGUUUUUGAAAUCGAUCAUCGGAGUGUUCUCGCUGGCAGCAAUAGCAUCAUUUCAACUGUACAUAGAAUGUAACUUCAGCCCUGUGCUUCAUCCAGUGCCAUCCAGUGCAACAGUUCAUUCAACGCAGCUCAUUGUCUAACUAACUAUAAGAAGCGUCAGUUAGUUUGCUAAGUAAAUGUAGGAAAAAAACGUCGCAAAAACUGAUCACCGGCGAUAGUCCAAGUCUUGAGCGUCAAUGGCUCACGUAAUCAGGCCAUCAUCGGCCACGAGGUGAGUAAGAAGUGUCCGCGGACCCCUCUCUUUGGUUUCUGCCACGCAGAUAUGCAAUUGUUGGCCACCAGUUGCAUCACAUACGAACCAUGGUGGAAGAGAAGAGCCAUUGUAGCGAACACCAGGAAGCGAAAAUAAGGGUCACCGUUGAUAAGCGAAGUCGAGAAAAUAGAAUGCCCCACCAAGGGGGAACGAAUCGAAUCGAACCCGCCAGUGACGACAGCACAGCUCGUGGUCAUGACGAUGAUGAUCAUGUCGAUGAUAAAGUGAAAUGAAUAAUACAAGAACGGGGUACCCAAAGGUGGGACCCACCGCUCGCUGGCUGGCACGUAAUAUACAUUUUAAACAAAACUGAUAAGCGAUUGUGUGUGGUUAUGUACAUUGUGAUAAGGGCAGAGGUAAAAGAAAAAAAAGCAGGCCAGCUCAGGAGGACAAUGAGUUGGAGAGGCCGAAGGUAGGGAGGUGAAAAAAAUGGCCAAAGUAAACCAUACAUACAAAGCAACAACCAUAUCAAAACCCGGUGGGUGAAAGCAAAUAGCAGGCGGGCGCGGUGACCGCAUUAUCGUAGCGCAGGCUGACAAGCGAUACCGGAACAACAAACCCAGGCGGCAAAGGGAGAUUUCGAGCAGUUCAAAGCGAGCCUGGUGUUGGUUCUGCGAUUUUAGGCCCCGUGCGAAGCGAUGGUGAAGAGGUUAAUUAGGACCGGCAACGACACCUCUCGACUCAUCUCUCAUUAUCAGCAGCAGCGCCAGUCGCUACUGGUUCGGUUUGGGGUGCGACGGAACAUGCAAAUGAAAAAAAAAACAAAUCAAAAUUGUUACCAGGUUAAUUCUUAAGUGGUGGAAAUCGAUCGAUUUUUAUGGUUUUAUGUCUGUGCGAUUACAGCUCUCUGCUCUCUCACACUCUCUCUCUCUCGUAUGUUUGUAUGGCGUGAUGAUAACUGCGUUGUAGAGACCGUUUAGAUUACCGUUUUGUACGCUAGUGGCUUCUCAAAAGAAGAGGAAAAGAGUUGAACGAAAUGGAAGAAAUGUUAAUUUCUUUUGUGUUUUUGGAAACUUAUCAGGAUAGGUUUUUUUUAAAUAAUUAAAAGAUUUAGUUUUUAUCGCAAAUUAGCCUUAUGGAAUAUUUUUUCUAAUUUCGAUGCGAAAAGAUAAGAGUCACGAUCGUACGCACACGUGGGCUUCGUGUAUCGAUGUGUUGAAGACACUAGCAAAUAAAAACAACCAUAUCAGAACUACUA